AUGAAAACUGAAGAACAUCACAACUUUGAUCCUUUAAAGCCAAUUGGUAAUCAUGAUGAUAUGAGAACAGCAUAUUACAGAGGUCAUCGUCAUUUACGUGAUCCACCGGCAACAGCCACUUUCAGUAAAGUUCCAGAACCUGAAUAUAUUUAUAGUCGACAACCAACCGUUGAUCUAAAGAAUGAAUCAGAAACAAAGGAAGUUUAUGUCAGAAAGCCAUUUAAUCCUGGCUCUAUUCAAAAUCCUCAUUUGGAACUAGACAAAGUUUAUAGUAUGAAAGAUUUAGAUGAAAAGCAAUAUACAAGUGCACCGAAACCAAUUAAAGAAUUUCGUACAGUAACUGGCACUGAUUAUGAAUAUAAAGUUGAACCUAUUAGAGAAAAACCAGUUAUUUUGCGUCCUACAUCAUACAAAUUAAAGCAACCUGAUUUAGUAAUUGAUCCGGCAAAACCAGGUUUCACUAAACAUUUAGACAUGAUGGCAACCACAAAUUUAUUAACUUAUGUUCCAUAUACGGAAAAAGGUCUUCAACAGAAUGAUAUUCUUACAGUUUGGAAUUGGAUUGGUUUUUACAAAAAAAAUUUUUGUUCAGCAAUGGAAACAAGAAGGCCAGUAUGCUUAAGUGAUGUCAAAGAAGAAUUAUGUCCAAGAGGUGAAUCUAAUAUUUGUCCGAGAAAAAAACCUGAAUUCCCUUCAAUUAUUAAACCUGUACCAAAUAGUGGAUUUACAUCAGAAACUCGUGACAAUUAUAAAAUACCAGUAUGUCAAGAGUUUGAUAUUAAAUUUGAAAAACGUGCAAUUAUAAAACCACAUGAUAGUUUAGUUCCAUACAUGGGAAUGAAUAAAAUAUAUGGCAGUGGGCAACCACACCAAAAUCUCAUUCCAUUUGUGGCAUAUUUAUCUUCAAAUGAUGAUAAUGACGAUACAGUCCCAUAG